AUGUAUACAGACACGAUCCCCACGUCAUGUUACUGGCUGACUGCCUAUGUUAAGACCGUAAUCUCCGUUGAACUCAUCUUCUCAAACAAUUGCUGGGCCCCUGGCACCAUCAAACGCAACGGAGGAACUCUUAAUACCGAGAUCGAAGUAUCCCCUCAUCAGCGAAAUGUUUUUCGGACGAAAAGUAGGCUGAAAGCUGAGGCUCAGUUGUUGAGGUUUGGUUCCAAGCCAGGUAUAGCGCAAAGAACUCUUCCUGUCGUUAUACACUCCAUCGCAAUGCUGAUGACUGAAUUCAUAUAUCGCACUUUGGGGUUAGCAUCUGUGCCAACAUCACACUUAUUUCAUCUCAGGCUCUGGUCGUUCACGUACAAAUCGGCUUCCCCGCGCCCCAAGCAUUAUCACUCCCUGCAACUGCAAAUCUUUGUAGCCAAUUGCAUCUCCGCUAUCGCCACUUCACUUCAAACUGGAAUGAUGGCUGGGGUUGUCGAUUCACGCAUCAUAUCCCAAAUCACAGCCGCAGCUAUGCUAGCAAUGAAGUCACACUGCAAGUCGUUAACGACAUCACAAUGGGAGAGUGAGCUAGCUGCGGUGACUCAGGCGUCUCUCGAUUCAGGCUCGCCACCAAUCUGCGAAGGCUCGUCGACGGCCUCCGGAAUUAGACAGCGAGGCUGUAUCUCAAAUAUGCAGAAAGGAGGGGCCCGACUGCGAGGGCGUAGUAAUAUGUUGGCAAGCCGAUCAUCAGUGAAGCCUUGCAUGAUAGGACUAAAGGAGAAGAAGAAGGUGACUGGAAAUAAGCAAGUCAAGGGCGGCCGCACUGCAACGACACUAAGCCGGCUAGGAAAGAGUAGAUCUUGGUACACGCCUACUAUAGCGGAUACACAGUAUUUUCGCACAGCCCGUGGAACAUAA